AGCGCUUAAUGAGGCGCUGGCCCAUUUUAAGAGGACUACUCUUCUUAUCCCUUGGAACCUAGGUCCUGUGACCCUCCACAGCACGAAGACCUUGUUUCCUGAUGGGCUCUGAGACAAAGCUGCACCCCAAGUGACACGCCAGUGUCAGAACAAUUCCUGAGGAGGAGGAGGCUGUGCGACCUUCUUUAUUCCUCCUUCACAGACGUCCUUGAGCCCCUGAGACGGAUGUGAGUGAGUUUUUCAGUCCUCAUGCAAAACAACCAUCUAAACAUAACAGAUGACAUCAGCUUGGGCCUUUCAAUUCCUGGAUGGCAGCAGCAUGUUAAUCCAGCCUUCAUCCUGGAUUUCAUAAACUAAAACAAGAGAGCCUGGCAGGAGGACAGCGCUGCUGCUGGGUUGAGGAAAUUGAUGACGGGGAAGCAUGCAGGCAACCCAGUGUAUAAAACUCAUAAACGUGUAGGCAGAGGCUCAGCUACCAGCAGUUUGGACGGCUGCUCCCCGCCAGCAGAGACCGCGACGUGGGAGCCGAGCCCAGGCCAGCUGGGGAACAUGAGAGGCCUCUUGCUGCUGACCACGCUGCUGGUCCCUGCGCACCUGGCAGCGGCCAGGAGCACCAAGUAUGCAGUGGAUUGCCCUGAACACUGUGACCGCAACCAGUGCAAAAGCAGCUUGCGUUGCAAGAGGACGGUGCUGGACGACUGCGGCUGCUGCCGGGUGUGCGCUGCGGGGCGGGGAGAAACCUGCUACCGCACCGUCUCAGGCAUGGACGGCGUCAAGUGUGGCCCGGGGCUCAGGUGUCAGUUUUACAGCGAGGAGGACGAUUUUGGUGAUGAAUUUGGUAUCUGCAAAGACUGCCCCUACGGCACCUUUGGGAUGGAAUGUAGAGAGACCUGCAAUUGCCAGUCGGGCAUCUGUGACAGGGGCACGGGGAAAUGUCUGAAAUUCCCUUUCUUCCAAUAUUCAGUACCCAAGUCUUCCAACAGGAGAUUUGUUUCUCAUACAGAGCCUGACAUGGCUUCUGGAGAUGGCAAUUCUGUGAGAGAGGAAUUCGUGAAAGAGAAUGCCGCCAGGUCUCCCCUCAGGAGAUGGUUAAAUCCACGCUGAGCCUGGGUGCAAUUUCUAAGAGACAGCUCUAUUUUAGCAAUUGUUUAACACACAGCCAACAUUUUAGAAACUGUCAUCGCAUAUGGACUUGUAACUUUUGGAGACUAAGUGUGAUUCAUGGUGAUCCAGGAAAAAAAAAGUAGCUACUUACAAUCCAUGAAGAGCGUAUGACUGAACACUUUUAGAUAUUUGUUAAAUAUUUGUAUGCAUAUAGAUUUGUUAAAUGUGUGUAUAGUAACCUGAAGAAUUAAAAAUGCAAUUUAGAUGAUCUUCCAUGGAGACAGUUCAGCCCAAGGGAAAGCUAAUUCAAAAUGAAGACCACAGUGGGCCCACGGGGUCUGGGAUGUACAUUAAUGAUGGGAUAGCGGGUGGAGGAGGUAUUCAAAGCAGGAGAAGGUGGGGGUGGGGCGGGAUGGGGAGUAUGAUAUUUAGUUCUUGUGGUAACUUCAGUACAUUGGUAGAGUUUAAUUGUGGUUGUUUUGUUUUGUUACUUUUGGUAAAAUCCAAACAAAACAACCAGAAAACCCCUGAAGGAAGUGAGCUGUUUGAAACACGUGUGAGUUUGAGUAACAGUCUUGAAUUGAAGUUGAUUUCAAAGGGCUGCUGAUGUACUUCCCAUGUUACCUGUAUCAGAAGGACGGUUCUGGGACAGAGGGCAAACAUACACUUCCAUAAAUGGUUUUAAAAAAUGCCACAUGGAGACAGAGCUAGGAUGUGUUUUGCCCACUGGGGGGUUUUAUAGGUGUGAAGGUAAAUAUUAUAUAUUUUUAUAAACAAAUGUUAGUACAAGUCCUCCUCCCUAUCCAUAUUUAUCAUCCUAUUGAGGAAAUGAACCUAAUAUUGUUUGUUUAAAAUGGUUAAAGGUUAAAGGUUUUGACUCUAUGAGAUUUUCAUGCAUCUGAGGCACAGCAAAUUUAUUACUAAGAACUAUAAUAAUAUAAACAGUAAUGAACAUAAGAGAAACCUACAAAAAUGUAUUUACUCUGGAUGUAUAAAAUGUCAAAAAGUGAGCAACAGAGGAAUUUAUUUAAAAGUGAAUGCUAUGACUUAAAUUAAUUUUAAAUUUAAUGUAUAAAAUAACUUUUUAGGAAGUUUGGAAAAGAAGAAUCGAUCUUCAGCAGGAAACAUGUCAACUUUACAAUACAGUUUAUGUUCACAUUUUUUUUCUUUUAAAUUUGGUUCAUAAGUAGAAUUAGGAGCCCCAAUAUGCUCUUGAGCUCAAGCAAUUGGGGGGAAUCUUGGCACAAACAGGAAUGUUGUGUUAGAUACUAUUAGGAAAUAUUUAGAGAAGUAUUUUAUUUGGAGUAAAGAACUUAUUUAAGGAUUGUUUCAUUCUUUAUGUAUAUUUUAUUCUUGGGGUUUGCCAACAGAGUUGUGAAUGUGUAUGGGAAGGUCUUUGAAUGUAAACAAAAUAAGCUGUUGGGUUUUAUUUUAAAUGGACAAGUUUAUUAUUGUUCAAUAAAAAAGAACAAGACACA